UUUCCACAUCAGCAAGCUCCUACAAUGCUUGCUUAUCGACUUCCAAGUGAAGAUGGUGUUUACGGAACGUCAUCUGGAGUCGUGAAUACGGCUUGCAGGCUACAGAAGGAGAAUUCGAUUGGUGUGUUUGCAUCUGAAAUGGAGGAUGUUCUUCUUCACUUUCAUUCAUUUCUGCUUGUGACUCAUACUGAAAUUCAGUAUGAGUGACUCAUGCUGAAAUUCAGCUUGUGCUUGUGACUUUUCUGCUUGUGACUCAUACUGAAAUCCAGUAUGAAUCACAAGCAGAAAUGAAUGAAAGUGAAGAAGAACAUCCUCCAUUUCAGAUGCAAACACACCAAUCGGAUUCUUCUUCUGUAGCAGAAAUGUCACUACAUCCGGGGCAACCAAAUAUGUUGCAAAAUAACCCGGAACCGGAACCUGAGACCCGGAAAGAAGUAACAAAUACGGAAGCCGACGAGCUUUCCUCAAUUGAAACUUUUGAAGUUUUAUCUAAUUCUUCAGAUCCACACAUUAAUGUUUCUGAUUCUGAUACUGCUGUUGGUGACACAAACCAACCGUUUCCAAUUAAUUUCCAUGAUAUCAGCACUGAAAAUUCAGUCAAAGAAACUGAUAUUGUAACUGUACAACCCGGUGAACAAGAAAAUAUUUCUAAUAUUACAGAGACUAUCAACAAUGUAAUGUGUGAGGAUGACUGAGAUUAAAUGGAAUUGUUCUCACUCGAGGAUGCUUAUGUUCCAUUGACUCCGAAACAAAUUUCGGCAAUGGAAAAUGAAGAUUACUGGACAUUAAAUCAGGACCUGAUGAGUUUACAUGCCCUUUCUCUUGCUUUGGGUAUAAUCUACGAAGAGGAGGAAGAUGAAUUAUCAGAAGACGAGAACCCCGAUUACACAAAGACAGUGUCGGGAGAAAAUGCCUCUUCUUUUCAUCAGUUAAAUGUAGAUAAUGAAUUGGAAGAGCAAAGUUUUGAAUCUAAUCUGUCAACAUUCUCGAUGACAGACGACAUUGAAGGUGAAAAUUGUGUUGGAGUUGCAUGUGAUCCAUCUGUUAUUUCAUGGAUUACUGAGAAGAACAAUCAAUAAAGAUAACAGGAUUUGCUGAAG